GUCGGUGCUUAUAUCAUCGAUAGAUAUAAGUAUUCGUCCUGAUUUCCGGAAAAAAAACAUUGUUGACGGAAGAGAGUUAAAAGGGGAGAUUUAUUUGCAUCACAGAACAAUGAAAGAAUUUUUUUUAUUCGAAUGAGAAUUUUGUGAGCAGCUGAAAAUAGGGAUAAAUAUUUUUUUAAUAAAAUGGAAAUAUUUUGGGGGGCGAUGAGCGGUGAGGUGACUAAGGCCCGUUUAGUUUAUGAGAACAAAAUUUUUGGGUAUCACGUCGAACGUUUAAUCGCAUGUUAGAAGGGUUUUUCGGCAUGAACGAAAAACGAAUUUCAUAGCUCGUCUGGAAACCGCGAGAUGAAUCUUCUAGGCUUAAUUAAUUCGUUAUUAGGACAUGUGGAUAAUUGUGAACUAAUUAGACUGAAAAGAUUCGCCUCAUGGUUUCUCCCCUAAUUAUGUAAUUAGUUUUCUUUUUCGUCUAUUUUUAAUUCUCCAUCUGAAUGUCUAAAUAUUCAAUUUAAUGUUUUUAAAAGAAUUUGGGAACUAAAUAGAUCCUAAGAUGCUUAAGCAGGCCGGCCCAAGGUCAAAUUCGGCCCAUUGUUAUCGGGCCCACUUACCCAGCCGUCGUCUUCCUCCUCUCGACUCGUACGUCCAAAUGCGCCGCCUCCUCCGCCGCCGCGGCCGCCUCCUCUCCGCGCUCGCCGGAACCGGCGCGCCACCGCGGGCUGGGGUGGUGUACGCCUUCGGCGACAACAGCCACGGCGCGGCGGGCCAGCCGGCGCCGUCCACCGACGUGUACGUCCCCACGCCCGUGCCGUCCCUCCCGCCGUCCGUCGCGGCGGUCGCGGCCGGGCACUACCACUCCCUCGCGGUUUCCGCCGAAGGCGAGGUCUGGGCGUGGGGCCGCAACGACGAGGGCCAGCUCGGCCGCGGGCACCACGCCCCGAGGAAUACUUGGAGUAAGCCUGAACGAGUGAGAGGAUUGGAAAAUGUUCAAGUUCGAGCUGUAUCUGCUUCUGGUGUUGUUUCAGCAGCAAUUGGGUGUGAUGGAUCUUUGUGGUUUUGGGGAAGAUCAAAGCGUGGUCAACUUGGGCUUGGGAGCGAUAUCAUAGAGGCUGCCGUGCCUUCUAGAGUGGAGAAGCUUGCUAGUUAUGAUAUUGUCAAGGUAUCAUUUGGAUGGGGCCAUGCUAUGGCGUUGACAGAAGAUGGAGGGCUAUUUGGUUGGGGCUAUUCAGAAAAUGGAAGGUUAGGAGAAAUUGGCCAAAUUACUGAGGCACCUUCUGCCAAAGAAUUACUUGGAAAAACAGUGGACAAGUAUUCUAGCUCAAUGCUAGAGGCUGUUGAAAAGAUGGUCGCGGAAAAAAUUAGGAGCGAAGACAAUAUGCCCAUCAUCUGGGAACCUUCAUUUGUUCGUGAAGUGAGUCAGGUUGAGGUGUCUGAUGUGUCAUGUGGGCUUGAUCAUUCCCUGGUUCUCUGCUCUGAUGGUGCCGUACUGAGCGGUGGAGACAACACUUACGGACAGCUUGGUAGGAAGUCAACCUGGUCCAAAUUUCUUCCUGUUGAGAUAAACCACACUCCAUUCUCCGUGUCAGCAAGUGUUGGCCACUCUCUUGCAACAUGCAACAUUUCAACCGAAGGCACUGACCAUGCUGAGACCGGUGUCCUCUCAUGGGGAUGGAACUGCAGCUCCCAGCUUGGACGACCUGGCGAAGAAGAUAUACCAGCACUAGUCAGCGGUCUGAAUGGAGAGAAGCCAGUGUCAGCCUCAGCUGGUCGAGUCCAUUCAGUUGCUCUCACGUCUAAGGGAGAGGUUUGGGUGUGGGGAUCUGGCCGAAAUGGCAGGCUAGGUUUGGGCAGCUCGAUGGAUGAGCGAGAGCCUUGCCUCAUCGACACCCUGGAAGGAGCAGAAGUCUCAGAAGUUGCUGCAGGGAUGGACCAUACUCUUCUCUUGGUUGCUGAGUAGGUCGGGCUGCUUCUUUACGCAAGAAAAACAUCUGAUUCUUGCCUUAGUGCAGAGGUUGUCUGACAAGUAUCAACUGGAUGUGAUCUUUAAAAUAGUUGAUGCUGCUGCCUCAAUAUGUUUGGAACCAGGAAAAUCAGAUGUGUUCCUUCCAGCAAGUUUGACAUCAUUUUCCCCUUGAAAGAGGUAAAGAAUGUGGAUGGUGAAAGUUAGUCGAAUGCCAGUGCCAAUGUACAUCCGCAAAUCUCUUAUGUGAUCGUGUGCAAUCUGUUUUUCCUGUACCAAUUAGAUACUAUAGAUCACUUGUUUGUGUGAAAAAAAAAAUCAUUUUCUCUCAUCUGUAAUGGUAGACUCGUUCUUUUGUUCUAUGCAAAAUCUUACCCUUGGAUAUGAGGGCUUUGAAAAAGCACACUCCUUAUAAACUGCAUAUUUGGCAAGCAAGAGAGCGACAUAACUGCACU